GGGCGGCGGAGGGGCGCUGCGCCGCGGCGGCGCUGACGGGGCCGGGGCCGGGGCCGGCGGGGCCGGGAUCGGCUCCAGUGGCUUUUGGCAGUGAAAUGGCUGCGGGAGCCGGGUACUGAGGAGGCGGUCAGGUAUUUUUGAGCUGACUUCUUUCAUCGAAUACUAAGAUUGGUAAAAUCAUGGAUAUGUACGCCAGGGCUCAGGGCAAUCGAAUGAAGCCAAGAAUAUCUGUGAAAAAGAGUUUUGGUGAAGGUGUACUGCACUCUAUGAAGUCACUGCUACACAGCAGGAAAGAGUUAUGCAAUGUGUCAGCAGAGGAAUGUCUAAAUCGGGAAGAACAAGACAAUUUUAUUGAGAUUACAUUUAUAGGUUUUGCUGAGGAGAUGGGUACUGCUUAUUUGCAGGAGUUGGCAGCUGUUUCUGUAGAGCUUCCAGAUGUUCUGAAAUCGCUCCAGUUGUGCAAACUAAAAGAAAAUGAGGUUAUAUUUCUAAAAGAUGUAAAGAAAACCUUGGCAAAACCUUAUGUCAUGAAACCUCAGAAUCAACUUCCUGAAGUGGUUUGUGUGAUGAGACUGUCUCCUUCAUUCCCAAGGAUCAAAGUUGAUUAUAUAUUUACCUUGCUGGGCAAGUAUACCACAGGCAUAAGAUAUGCAGUGGAAAUAAACUCAUCGCAAAAACAUCAAACAGAGACAUCCCAUGGAGAAGACGAUGACACUAAUCAGUCAGUUUCUUCAAUUGAGGAUGAUUUUGUCACUGCUUUCGAACACUUAGAUGAAGAUGAGCCUUCAAAGAUACAAAGUACUGGUGCAUGUGGCUUUACUUCUCGAAACCAUCGAGAUGCUGCUUCGCAGACCAUCCCUGCUCAAUGUUUAGAAGCUGUUGACUCAAAGGUCCUUGUGGGUUCUGCACGUCGAAAGUCAUCUGCCAGAUCUUCUACUUUGAUUGAUAUUUUGGGACUUAAGGAACUGUCCUCAGUAAAAAAUUCAGUUACAACUUCAAUUUCUGAUCCUUGGAUACAAAGGAGUUUCUAUAAGCCAUAUAAUCCUUCUGAUCAAGGUGUUAAUUUUUUACGUAAAACGUUAUUUUCUUCCUCUCCAGCUGAAUCCUCAGAGUCAGAUUGCUCUAGCCCAAGCCCCAUCAUCUUCUUAGAUGAAGAAGGGUAUCAAAAAAGCUUGAAGGCAAAACUUCAGCUGCCAAAAAUUCCAGUAGUGAAAGAUGGUAUAGAGGAUUCAGAUUCAGAAGUAAGUGAAUUUUUUGAUAGUUUUGAUCAGUUUGAUGAGCUGGAACAAGCCUUGGAAAACUCUUGCAAAGUUAUUAGGGAUCCCAUUGUAGGAAAUCCCUCACAGAAAAGGAGGGCUGCACAUGAACAGUUGUCUUCUGCAAGCAUUACAAUGAAUCCUCAGAAGUUCAAGUUUGAUCGUCCCACUCUCCCAGCCAAUGUAAAGAAACCAACUCCUCGUAAACCAGAAUCGCCAUAUAGCAGCGUCUUUGAUGUCCCGGAUUCCCCUCGCCCAGUUAAAACAUCAGGAGAAGAGAAUGGAGGCUUGUUCAGCCCUAUUAGAUCAUCAGCUUUCAGUCCACUAGGGAGCUGUGGUUCUUCUGAAUGUUUAUGUCGAAUUAAUCUUGGUGGAGAUGGGACAGGUCAAAAUCACCGUGAUGCACUCUACAAUAGUUAUUCAGCAUACGCUGAUAGUGUUUCAUUUGAAAUACUGGGUUCUGUUUUUCAGUCUGAGUCCUCAUUGGAACAAGUACAUGCAGGAAAUGAUUCAAAACACAAAGGGAUUGGUUUGAAAGAGAAAAAAGGUCAAGCUGCAGAUCUCAGAAUGAAAACUAGUAAAGAGCCAGAUAAACAAGCCAAAUCUAAACAUAAGUCAUUAAUGAUUAGAGAUAGCAUUCAGAAAUUUGCAACUGAAUUAGUUGAAAAAAGUUUUGGCAGUGCAUUUAAAGACCUGCAAAAAGGCGUUUCUUCGUGCACCAGUGCCCUUUGUCAUUUGGCUGCUAGGUUGACUUCUUCUGUCUUUCAAAUGGCCUUUUAUGAGAUUGGAAGACGUAGAGCAAUCUCCCUGAAGGAGCGUGCCAUUAAUGGGAUAGCAAACUUUUUGGUGAGUGAAGCCAUAACUGGUGCUUUGAAAGAACUGCGGCAUGUAAAGAAACAAAUAUUUACCAACACCGUUGCCCGGUUUGCAGCAGACCUUGCUGAAGAACUUGUGUUUGAAGGAAUAAUGGAAGUAUGCCAGUUUUCGUAUCCAUCGACACCUACAGCUGCACAGCCUUCAUCUUUUGAUUAUGAAGACAAAGUGGUAAGAUCCUAUGCCAGAGAUUUGUCUGAAUCUGUCAUUCAGGAGGCUUUUAUUGAACUGUCUCAGGUUGAUGUGACCUUCACAACACAAGCAGCCAUUAGCGUUUCCAUGGACAACAUCAAAUAUGUGAGUGCAGAAAGUAUGUUAGAGUCAACACGGACUUCCACAGUUUUUCCUAAUUUUAAUGAUAGGGUAGCACUGAAGCCCAUCCAAGAUUCCAAGAAGGAAUAUACAGUACAGCAAGCUCUGUUUUGCACCUCUGGUGUUGUAAGUUCAAUACCUGUGCCCUUAGCUGGAAGAGCUCUUUAUCAACAUCAGGUUUCCUCUGAUGCUUAUAAAGCAAAAGUAUCUACUGCUCCGAAUUCCGAUGACGGUAUGAAAGUAUACAAAGACUCCACUCAUCCAUUUUUCACAAGCAAAAAGAGAGAGGAGGAAGUUGCUUCUUACAGAAAUAUAUACCUAACUUCAGAUCACAGUCAAAGUACUGAAAGUACUCCAUCACUCCUACAUAACCAAAACGAUACCAAACAAACAAAUAACAGAUCUGGAAUGAACAAUAAUUCAGAAUUAACAAGUGGGUCGAAAGGCAUUAAUACUUUUUCUGGAACUAUGGUAGAUAUGAUAGUAAAUGAAGCUUAUGAAGCCAUAACCUCAUCUAGAGUAACAAAAGCAGUAGAAGAGUAUACAGAUUUUUUAACAAGAAAAAUAAUAGAUAAAAAACCUUAUGUGCAAUGUGUUGGUGAAGAUUUCCCCAAGAGUGUGUUUGCAGAUCAGUUGGCCAAGUACGUCAUAAAACAAUCUGUGGAUGAAAGUAAAACUGCGUUAUGCAACACUAGUGAGAAUUUAGCAUGUAAUGUGAGCUCACAGACUUACACAGGUAUCAGCAGAAAAGAACAAUUUGUAAUAAAGAAGCAAGAGGCUGAGAAACAAAGUAAUGUUUCUGUAAUUGUGGAACAACAGCAGAUGCCUUUGAAUAAUCCGUGUAAAUUUCUUACUCCAACUCAUUCUGUUCAGUGUUUUUCAGAACCUAAAGAUUAUUUGCAGGAACAAAAAGGACACAGAUUUUCUUCAAAAUCACCACCGUCUUGUUCCACUGUGACUUUUGCUAGGCAUGUUCUAGAGGACUUCACUGACACAGGAAGCUGCUCAAUAACACACUUAAACAAGCCCUCAAAAAAGCACGAUACUCAGAAACCAUCCUCAGGACCUUUGACUUACAGGCAGGCUGAUUGUUUUUUGCAUGCAAAUAGCUUUUCUUCAGUAAUGUUUGGCAGUGAAGAUGCUUUGCAGAUGGAAGAUAAAUCAAGUCUCAAGGAUGGAAAUACCUGUGUAAUGCCUGGUACACCCCCACCAACCCCUUUAGUACCAUGUCAAAGUAGUUCUGAAAGAAACCUAAGAAAACUAUCUAAGAAACUCAAGGGAGAAUUAGCAAAGGAAUUUGCACCUGCAACACCACCUUCUACACCGUACAAUCCAUCCGUUGGUGGUUUGUCUGAAACUGAACGUGACUCUUUGGAAAAUGAGGAAUUUAUGCUGAAACUCAUGCGGUCGCUUUCUGAAGAAGUGGAAAGUAGUGAAGAUGAAGAUCAUUCUGAAAUGCCCAUUGAGAAAGAGGAGUGUUCAGAAAAAACCAUUCAGUAUGCAGAUUGCUUAGCUAGUCAUAUAAUUUCAAUAGCGACUGAAAUGGCUGCUUCCCAUUUAGAUGGUAAAACCAACAAAAGAGAAGCUGAUAGGCAGGUUCAGUUAGGUAUGCAAAACAAAAGAUGUGGAUAUACUGCAUUUAUAAACAUCCCAGAAGAGACGUGCACUUCUUUGUGGAAUUAUGCAGGUGAUAUGGCAGGAAAAGUCAUCAACGAGGCCAAGAAGAUGGUGAAAUCAAGGCAUUGUAAACUGUUGAGGUUGAAGCGGGUUAACUGUCAGGUGGAUUGCCUUUAUCUGAGGAAAGGUGAUAAAGAGCGUAGUUCAAACGAACGGUGCGGGGACCAGUGGCUGGCGGAGAGAGAUGCAUCUGUACUUCCUUUACCGCAAGGUUCAGGCAUGACAGGUUUGACUUCCAAAUACCCAAGCUGUGAAAGUGUGACUGACGAAUACGCGGAUCAUAUUAUUCGAGUUUUGAAAAGAGAAGGCGGUAAUGCUGAACUGUUGAUGGAUCAGUAUGCUAGCAGACUGGUUUACAGGUCUAUCAAAUCGGGCUUACAGCAAGCUGCUAGAAAAACCAAAUGGAGAUACAACAGAAAGAUACUUCCUGGGCAAAACGCACAGGUAAAUGGUAAGCUGGAGCUGAUCAAAAUGGUGAAUAAAGAUGCAGUACAGCUAACGAAAAGCAGCAUUCAUCGCUGUGAAGACCAAACGUGCGAAAGGAGUAUCGGCACACAGAGAACAGAAUGCAUGGACUUGUUAGAUUUUUCAGAAUCCCUUGCUCGCAGUAUCACUUAUGAUGUCAGGAAGAAAUUGAAAACGUCGGGAACGUGUUUACCAAAGUCUCUGACAGAUUCCUGUCUAUAUAAAAAGACUGAAUUUGAUGAAGUCACAGGGGAUCUUAUUAAAACAAGAUUUUCUAGGACAUUUCUUCCUUUCUCCCCAGAUCAUAAACUGUAUCAUAGUACAGGCAGUUUAAAUGAAAGUGGCUACAGCGAAGGCAUAAUUCAAACUAUAGAACAAUAUGCUAGGAAAGUAGCAGAUGAUACUUUAGAAAUGGGUUUAGAGUCGGCUGUUCUCCAUGUGGCGGAAAACAGAAAAAAUGGGGAUAGGCUCUCAUAUACUGAGAAACUGUCUCCUUUUUCUGGAACUGUCUGUAGAUGCUGCAGCAUGAAGGAACAUCGGUACUGUACAGAAAGUACAUCUCGUCACCUGCCUGCGCAAGAAUCCUCCAUUCCAGUGAGGCAUUUUCUUCAUUCUGGAUUAGGUGGUGCCUGUCAAAAAUCAAGAGUGUUUCAGCUUGAUAUUCCUAAAAUUCACGUUGAUGUAGAACAGAAGAUAGUGUUUUCUGACAAGGGGGCUACUGCAGCCGUAGAGAAAGCAGAAGGAGAGCUGAGUUACACAAGUCUGACAGCUGACAGUGGUAUUGGACAAGAUGGAGUCAGUUUUGCUGAAAGCCUUACUACUGAAAUAAUGACAUCAGCUAUGACUAAUAUUGGUCAGGCGGUUAACAUAAGCUCUGGUGGAAGAGAAGGAUUUCACUCCGUUGAAUCUAUUGUUAGCCAGCAGAUGAGUCUUAGUAUUGGUGAUGAUAGCACGGGCAGCUGGUCCAAUCUAAGUUUUGAAGAUGAACAUCCUGAUGAGAGCAGCAGUUUUCUUCACCUCAGUGACAGUUCAGCUGUGUUCUCUUCUUCUCCUGGCAGUAAUGGUAACAGCAGUAGCUGGAGCAGUCUUGGUUUAGAAGGGGAUAUGUAUGAGGAGAAUUUAUCCUUUCCAACAUCAGACAGUGAUGGAACAGAAGAUAAAGAUGAAGACUCCAAGGAUGCUGUAGAAGGUUCGGAGCGAAUACGGAAGACUUUAGCAAUAGUGAAUAUCGAUCUGGAACCAAAUCUAGUGGACCCCCAACUCAGAGCAGCGCUCCAGUGGCUGGCAGCUUCUGAAACAGAGGUGUCUGAUCUUCACUUUCAUGACACUGCUACAAGGGAAUUUGUCUUGCUUUCCAGAAGACUGCGAGAAAGAAAUUGGAAAGUUGGAGAUCUCUUGCAAGCAGUGCUGAAAUAUUGUGAAAUGAUGGAGAAGGUGUCUGAUGGAGAGCAAGCUCUAAAUAAGUCUUUGGUUGGUUGGCUUCUGGAAAACAUCUGAAAAAUCCAAAGAUGCAACUCUCUUCACUUCAUUCCUCUUUUGAAAGGAGAUAGAAAGAACACGGAUAUGUAAAGUAAAAUUCAACUAAUAAAUGUUCAAGUAAUUAUCAGCAUUUAAGAGACUUUGAGGUGAACGUCAAAAUAGCUGUGCUGUGCUUUGUGAUACUGUGCACAUGGUAUGUUUAUUCAGUCCGUAAUUGGUAUUGUCCACCCACGCAUAACAUGUAUUUACUGCUGUGUUCAGACCAUUGAAAUAUUUAUGAAAAAAUCCCUUGUCUGUGAUAGUAGUUCAGAGGAGACAGUCUCAGACAUGAUAUUCAGGAUCCCCACUGUGCCAGGAUAGCUCUUUUUCCCACUUGUAUAUGUGCUAUAUUCGCUGUGGGAGUAAGAGCGCUGACGUUCUGCAAAAAUCGGUUCUGCAAUACCUUGCUUCAGACAAUGAAAAAAAAAAAAUUACCGAAGUUGGCCAGGUGUUAUGUGCCCAAGGGCACUGUUGCCAGAAAAUGGUGGCAGUCUUAAUGCAGUCUGGCUUCACAGCCACCUUUAUCAAGUUUAACUUUAUGUGAUGAUGUGAGAGUCUGCUCCGAAAUUGUUGAGGUGCAAAUACAUGUUCCCUUUUGUUGACUACUAUAGAGCUGGUAGAAGGGCAGAGUGGGUAGCUGAGCAUAAUUUCACACAUACUUCUUCAUCCAGGUUUCCUGAAGCUUGCCAAUCAAGUUGAAAUUGCUAAGUUUCUUACUGAAGCUUUUUUGUAUGCAAAUACUUCUAUGACAUUAAUUCUGUGUCGAAGAAUUUGUAUGUUAGUCUCUCAGUAAAUGUGUUAAAAGUAGCAGAUUGAAACUUGUUCCUCUGAGGAUUUUGGCCAUCUUCUUGAUUAAUUCUUCAUUUCUUAGUCUCUAUAUAUGAACUUUCUUUUCAGUAAUAAAGAGAAUUUUGUUACUCAGUGAGCACUUAAGCUUUUAACAAAGAAAGCUAAUUAAAACAUAAAGGGGAAAUUUCUUGCAAAUUGAUUUUUCAUUUUUCUGAACUACCUUCACUGAAUUUUUUUUUUUUUUUAAAGGCACUUUUAAUCAGGUCGUCUUAACAGCCUGGUCAAGUUUCUCACCAAUGCUGCUGACUUGCCUCUGAAGGGAAAUCUGGACCUUUACGUAUCUUGUGGUUUGAAAGUGCUUUUUGGAUUUUGAUUUGGUUUUGGGUUUUUUUUUAUACAUCCUUUGAAAGAAAAAGCCAUGUGCUGGUAAUUACAAGGUUGGCACCUCAAAACUCAUAUCACUUGCAGGAGCAUCAUGGAGUCAUCUUCUGGAUGAACAAAAGAAUCUUAAUAGUUUUUUUUUUUUUUCAAAGAAAAAUGCACUGUUGAUAUGGUGCACAAGUUUCGGAUCCCGAACAAGGAGAGAUAAAGUCUCUAAACUUAUUAAUGAAUUUUACUGGAAUGUGUGCCAUUCUGAUUUCCCCUACCCCCUAAAUUACUGUGAGGUGUCACACUGGUAACUCAAGAGCACGCUCCUUGUAACGUCUUUUGUGUUUCAGGAAGGCAUUCCACUGCUCCUUUUACAGAGACCUGGAUAUAGUCCUCAUUUAUCACCUGGAUUUCUGCCUUGGAUCUCACAAAGCUCACCUUUCUCACUGAGUUAAAAAUUUUUUUUUAACAUGUUUGUACAUGCACAUAGGUGUGUUUACACAUGUGGAUACACAAAUAGAUAUGUAUAUGCAUCUCGGUGUAUAUGAGAUCUCACCAAUAUGAACUUACAAUGUAAAGUUUUACCAAUAAGUUAAAAUUCUGUUAUGCUCAUAGUUUAUUGCCUCACUUCAUGUAUCGUUGAUUGAUCUAUGUAUGCCAUGUGACAAAAAGACCAGCAGCCAUUACAAGGUCUUUUGUCUUGUUAUAGGUAAUAUAAGGCCAAGCGUCAGGAAUUGUUUUUUCUCUAGAACCCAAAGCGAGGGGGGAAAGUUAGCGUAAUUCCUGUAUUUGGAAGAUGGGGCUAGUAACAAAUAUUUUUGAAGAGUUGCACAAAAGUCAUCAGGAUUUUUUUUUUUCUGCCCCAGCCCCCGUACUUCUUUGUUCCUUUUUUUUUUUUUUUUUUUUUAAGGUUGACUUUCGAAGUUAUUUCAGACAAAAAUUUGAAACCAUUCUUUGGCUGUAACAUCUUCCCUUUAACACAACAAUAAUGUACAAAUUUGCCUAUAAAAUUGAAAUGUGAAGAAAAUAAAAUACUAAAAACAGUGCCCUCAGGAUGAAAUUUUGCUCUGGGUUUUGCACCCUUGCAUUCUCACCAAGAGGAAUUUCAGGACGCAAGGAUACGGUAGUACUAGUACAGUGUUUCUGUACCUGUCCAAAACCAAAUUGAUAAAGAUAUUGAAGGCAUUAUAAAUGUAUAAAGCUAUAUAUUUAAAAAAAAAAAACAAACAAAAAACAAAAAAAACAAAAAAACAAA